CCAAGUACAGGAGUGGGUUCUUGGAAGGGCUCCUUCAAAGCUUAAGUACUUCGACGCCUGGAGACUUCCUCCUGAACUUAUGCUCUCGCAGCAAAGGAACCCCACCCUUAGAAUCCAUAGAUGGACCAACACCUCGGACAGCGGAUUACACCUCUCCACAGAUGUAGCAGUCAAUCAAAAUUACGGGGUGGCAAGUGCAGUUUUACGCAGAGGAAAUGGCACUUUCAUUGCAGCGGGAACAUGGAAGAUUGAAGAAACAACUGCCUUACAAGGUGAGGCAAAAGCUUUAGCCAUUGGCAUGCAAUGGGCUGCACAUUUUGGAAGAUAUAUUUGGGCCAACACUGACUGCAAAAGUCUAGCCAAAAUUUCAGAGGCUGCUCUUGAUGCUUUGUUUAUGUCAUGCAGAAUUUCAGAGGCUGCUCCUGAUGCUUUGUUUGUGAAUCACACAGGGGUGUGGGAUAAAUGGGAUUCAAAGAAGAGGAAGGUGUUUCCCCAAAGAAACAUGUCGGAAACCGAAAAGCAGUGUCCAUUUCAGCACAAAAUGAACGAAAUUCCUUCUCUGUUGCAUCAAUCAAUAUUACCAGCCAUUAUCACUUCCCUGUUGUUGUUCUUAUGGUUUCUCACAAAAUCCCUCCACAAACCCAGUAAAACCAAGAACUUACCCCCAUCCCCACCCAAGUUGCCGGUCAUCGGAAACCUCCACCAGCUGGGCUCCCUGCCCCACCGCAAACUCCGAUCCCUGGCCCAAAAACACGGCCCCCUCAUGCUUCUUCACUUCGGCAAGGUGCCCGCCCUAAUCGUUUCGUCCGCCGAUGCUGCCCGGGAAGUCAUGAAAACCCACGACCUGGCUUUCGCCAACCGACCCGAAUCGAUCGUGACCAAGCGGCUUCUGUACGACGGCAAAGACGUCUCCGUCGCCCCCUACGGCGAGUACUGGCGGCAGCUGAAGAGCGUCUGCGUGCUUCAGCUUUUGAGCAACAAAAAGGUCCAGUCUUUCCAUCACAUCAGAGAGGAAGAAACGGCCCUCUUGACCAACAGGAUCGAAGAACAAUCCUCGGAUCGGGUGAACUUGUCCGAGAUGUUUGUGGAGCUGACCAACAACGUUGUCUGUAGAUCUGCAUUUGGCAGGAAAUAUAGCAGUGAGGGGCAAAUUGGGAAGCGUUUCAUUCUGCUGUUGAAUGAAUUCCUUGUCCUGCUCUCCCAUAUCAGUGUUGGGGAUUUCAUCCCGUGGCUGCAGUGGAUUGACCGCGUCACUGGUUUCGAUGCUAGAGUGGAGAAGAAUGUCAAAGCCUUGGAUGAUUUUCUGGAAAGAGUGAUUUCGGAACGCGUGGAAGGAGGGAUAUAUAGGGAGAACUUUGUUGAUGUUUUGCUAGAUAUUAACCGGGAUAGCAAUGCUACCGGUCUCUCAAUUGACAGAGAUAGUAUCAAAGCAAUAAUCUUGGAUGUAUUUGCGGCUGGAACUGAUACCACAGCUACUGUUCUGGAAUGGGCAAUGGCCGAGCUCAUAAGGCACCCCGUGGUUAUGGGGAAAUUGCAAGCUGAAGUGAGAGGAGCCAUGGGAAACAAACAGGACAUGACAGAGAGGGACAUAGAGAAAAUGCAAUAUCUGAAAGCCGUGAUCAAAGAAACUCUUCGCCUUCACAUGCCAAUUCCUAUGCUGGUCCCACGAACAGCGAGGGAAGAUGUGAAAAUAAUGGGAUACGACAUUGCAGCAGGGACAUUGGUGAUGGUUAAUGCUUGGGCUAUUGGGAGGGAUCCUGCGCUGUGGGAUGAACCAGACAGGUUCCAGCCUGAGAGGUUCUUGAAGUCUUCGAUAGACUUCAAAGGACAGGAUUUUGAGCUCAUCCCGUUCGGGGCAGGGAGAAGAGGCUGCCCUGGGAUUGCAUUUGCCAUGGCUACCAACGAGUUUGUGCUGGCUAAUCUUGUGAACAAGUUCGACUGGGAAUUGCCCGGAGGGACAAAAGUGGAAGAUUUGGACAUGACUGAGCGGCCCGGGGCUGCCAUCCGUAGAGCCGUUCCUCUUCUUGCAGUUGCCUCCCGGUGUACUAAUGUGUUGUGUAAUACUCCUACCCACAAGGGUUACUGGCCUGGUGAAAGUUAAGCAUAUGAAAUAUGGCAUGUCUAAAGAUGGACAUCUAAUUACUAACUAGAGUGAGGUGUGCAACUGUUUACUACUUUGCAAAUGUAGUCAUUGUGCUUUUUUUGAAUCAUUGGAUGGAUCAUCCAACAUCACUUGUACCUAGAAAUGUUUCUAAUAUAUGAACUUUGUAUCU